GUGGGAACCAUUCAAAGCAACAUGACGUUCGGGAACCAACGAUGGGGCGACGAAGAUGAGGACUUCCUCCCGCAGCGCACGGAGACGGAGCCAGAUGCCAACGGCGUGCGCACGAUCGUGUCCUGGAAGUUUGACGAUGAUAAGAACAAGGUCAAGGUCACGACCAAGAUCCAAAAGGUCCAAACCGUACACAAAAUCAGCAAGCGUGUGACUGAGCGCAAGUCAUGGGGCAAGUUUGGGGAAGGCUUGAAUGUAGAAGGCAACACGAACGUCACGUACUCGUCCAACGAAACUGUGUUCAUGGACGACCCGAACGCGGAUCAAAUUUUGCCCGGCGAGAAGAAGGAAGAAGAGUCCGUGUUCUCGGGCGUCAAGCAGACUUCCAUCGUCGUGUGUCGUCAUUGCGGCAUGGUCGGCGAUCACUGGACGUUGAAGUGCCCGUACAAGGACUCUGCUCCUCCCACUGCAGACGAAUUGGCGGAGAACACGCCUCCUACUGAAGACGCCAGGGCCGCGCCUUCGUCCUCGUUUGCGUCGGCUGCGUCGGGUGGCUCUCGUCUUGCGAAUGCGUUUGGCGGCACCUCUGGCAAGUACGUGCCGCCUUCUCAACGUGGCGGCGCUGGUGCCGGGGCGAGCGACGACGCUCGUCAAUCCCGCGAUGACGACAGCGCGACGCUCCGAGUGACCAACAUCUCCCCCGAAACCCGAGAAGACGACUUGAAGGAUCUGUUCCGCACGUUUGGACCGCUGGAACGCGUGUACUUGGCCAAAGAUCGCGAGACGUUCCAGUCGCGCGGGUUUGCCUUUGUCAGCUUCGCCUACCGAGGCGAUGCCGAGAAGGCCCUGAACAAGCUGCAAGGAUUCGGCUAUGAUCACUUGAUCCUCAAGCUCGAAUGGGCGAAGCCCUCCACCAAGACGGCGGUCGACGAAGGCGCCGUUGGCACCACGUUCCGGUCCGGAUACGGGAAGGCGCUGCCCCAGGACAUCCGGAAAUAAAUACUAGUAUCGAAAACAAGAGCGUUGAUCAAUUUUUAUAUCAUGUCA